AAAAACCAAAAUCUCAGAGGUAGCUCAUACCGCAGGCAGAAUCAUGGGCUGCAGAGCUCUCUGCCUCAUCCUGCUAUGUGGGUUUAUCGGGUCCUACGCACAACCACAAUGCACCUUGAUCACACCCAAUGUCCUGCGUUUGGAAAGCCAAGAGACCAUCAUAGUGGAUGGACAUGACUCUGAAUUUGAGGCUGAGAUUUCAAUUCAUGAUUUCCCAAAGAAGAAAUACAAUAUUGUUACUAAAAAGGUCCAUGUCAAUGAGGGUAAUGGCUUCAUGGGAUCAGUUAAUUUGAUGAUUCCCUCAACAAAUCUGAUAGCAGAACCUGGUAAGAAACAGUUUGUCUAUGUCACUGUGAAGUCCCCCAGAUGCAACCUGGAGAAAGUCGUGCUGGUGACUUAUCAGAGUGGAUACAUAUUCCUACAGACUGACAAACCUCUCUACACUCCGGGAUCCACAGUUCUCUACCGGAUUUUUACCAUGAACCCUAGUCUGCAACCUAUGAACAAACCAGUGAUCGUGGAAUUCCUGACGCCAGAGAAUGUCAUUGUAAAAAAGAAUUUGCUUCAACAAAGCAGCACAACUGGCAUCAUCUCCCAGUCCCACACACUAACUGAUCUUGUAAGUUUGGGAGUAUGGACCAUCUCAGCAAAGUAUGAAGACGCAGAUGUGCAGAAUUACAGUACAAACUUUGAAGUGAAAGAAUACGUCCUGCCAAGUUUUGAAAUUAAGCUAAAACCAGCAAAAACAUUUUUCUACUUAAAAGACCAAGAAUUCAGAGUGGAUAUCCAUGCAAAUUAUCUGUAUGGGAAGCCAGUGACUGGUAAGGCUUUUACACUGUUUGGAGUUAAGCGAGAGAAUGAAAAGAAAAGUCUUCCAGAUACUCUACGACUGACGGAGAUAUCUUACGGUACAGGCUCUGCUACUUUGGAAAGGAAAGACCUUGUGAAGUACUUCCAGGAGGAAGUAGACAUGCUGGAAUGGCGGCUGUAUCUGACUGUCACUGUCAUCACUGACACAGGCAGCGAUUUGUUGGAAGCUGAGCUGGAUGAUAUUUAUAUUGUGUCCUCUCCAUAUAAAAUCCUCUUCACAAAAACCUCCAAAUACUUCCAGCCCGGAAUGCCCUUUGACUUUAUGGUGUUUGUCACUAAUCCUGAUGGGUCUCCGGCAGAGAGUGUCCCUGUGAUGACUGAAUCAGGGGCAGUGAAAGGGUCAACUCAGAAUGAUGGAACAGUUAGGCUUAUUGUCAAUACCGCCUCGGAUAUAAGCUCGCGAAAAAUAACGGUUACAACAACAGAUCCCAAAUUAACGGAUGACCAGCAAGCCUCCGCCACCAUGACAGCCACCGCAUACAGCUCUAGCAGUGGCAAUUACCUGCACAUCAGUAGCCCCGGAGGAGUGCUGAAACCAAGACAAACUGCAGUUAUCAACUUUAGUAUCCGUAACAGGGACAGAGACGUACAAGACCAGAUCAGACACUUUAGAUAUGUGAUAAUGAACAAAGGGAGAAUAAUGAAAGUGGGCAGACAGGAGAGGUCACCAGGCCAGAACCUGGUAUCUAUGGUGCUGCUAAUAACAGAGGAAUUCAUCCCAUCAUUCCGCAUAGUGGCCUACUAUACAGUGCCAAGCAGUGCAGGGCACGAGAUAGUAGCUGAUUCCACUUGGGUAGACGUGUCCGAUACCUGUAUGGGGACGCUGGAGUUAUCAGCAGACAAGGACAAAGACAAAGGAAAACAGAACCCUGGGACAAAAAUGAACCUGAAACUGAGAGCAGAUCACAAGGCCAUCGUGGGGCUGGUGGCAGUGGACAAAGGUAUCUACGUGCUGAACAGCAAGUACAAGAUCUCACAAAGCAAGGUUUGGGACUCAGUGGAGACGUAUGACAUCGGCUGUACACCGGGGAGUGGUGCUGACGCCCCAGGGGUGUUUUAUGAUGCUGGGCUGGCCCUACAUACAAGCUUCCAGAUGACAACUCCUCAGAGAUCAGAUCCCUUCUGUCAGGUGAAAUCCAAGCGCAGACGUCGUGAGUCGGCAGCAUUAAUUCAACAGAAACACACUAAAGCCACAGAACGUCAGAGACACACUGGCUACGCAGCAUCGCAGUACACAGGCAUGGAGAUGACGUGUUGUCAGGAUGGUAUGUCAAAAAACACUGUGGGUUACAGUUGUGAGCAUCGCUCCCGUCUCAUACAGGAUGGAGAGAAGUGCAUUGCUGCCUUCCUUGACUGCUGCAAGGAGAUUGAGAAGCUGAGGUCACUUGAUACGAAGCUGCAUGAGCAUGAUGACCAAUCAAGAAGGCCUGGUGCUAGCGGGUCUAUUCUUGAGUACGUUGGCAGAGUUGCGGGAGUAUUAAUAUACGAAGGUGAUUAUGACACUGAUUACAUUGAUGAUGAUGAAAUAAUAUCCAGAACAGAUUUCCCGGAAAGUUUUAACUGGAAGACGGAAAUAAUGAAUGAGGAACCAGAUGCUAAUGGAAUUUCAACCAAGACACUUGAUAUUUACUUGAGGGAUUCAAUCACUACAUGGGAGGUUUUGGCUGUAAGUCUUUCUGCAAAUAAAGGUAUCUGUGUUUCUACUCCACAUGAUAUCCAAGUUAGCAUGGACUUCUUCAUUGACCUGAAGCUGCCAUAUUCUGUGGUGAGGAAUGAGCAAGUAGAGAUACGGGCCAUUCUCUACAACUAUGGCAACAGCCAACAUAAGGUGCGUGUAGAAUGGACCUAUAAUGAACACAUCUGCAGUCUCUCCACUGCUAAAAAGAAAUAUCGCCAAGACGUACUUAUUCAACCUGAAUCAUCGGUGGCGGUCCCUUUUAUCAUUGUGCCGCUGACAUUGGGUUUGCAUGAUGUGGAAGUGAAGGCAGCUGCUCAGUACGUCUCAGAUGGGGUCAAGAAGAAGCUGAAGGUCGUGCCGGAAGGACGACGUAUAACAGAGACUCUGAAGUCAGUCACUUUGGAGCCGGAAGUGAAAGGCAAAGAUGGCGUACAGGAAGAAAGAAUCUCAGCACUGAAUGCCAGAAACAUUGUUCCCAAAACAGAUGUUCAGACAAUUGCCACUGUCCAAGGGACUCUAAUUACUGAAAUGGUGGAGAAAUCCAUUGACGGCAUCAAUCUGAAUGACCUGAUCAGAAUUCCCGGGGGAUGUGGAGAACAGAACAUGAUGAGUAUGACUCCUACAGUGAUUGCUACACAUUACCUGGAUGCUACUAAUCAGUGGGACAGAAUAGGAGUGGAUCGCAGGGAGAAAGCCCUCCAGUACAUCCAAAAGGGUUACGAUAAUCAAAUGCCAUUUCGUCAAGCGGACUCUUCAUAUCGUACCUAUGGAACCUCGAAAGCCAGCACAUGGCUCACUGCUUAUGUGGUGAAAGUGUUUGCCUUGGCUUCAAAUUUCAUCCACAUUGAAAAAGAUGUACUGUGUGGUUCUGUGAAGUGGCUGAUACAGAAUAAACAGCUGCCGGAUGGGGUAUUCCAGGAGGAUUCGCCAGUCUAUACCCAGGGCUUUUCGGGCGGGAUAACAAGAGGCGCAAAGGAAUUGGAGUCUACACUCACAGCCUUCGUCCUCGUCGCUAUGCUGGAAAGUGAGGCAUUCUGUACCGGAGAGGUUGCUAAUCUACGUCACAGCAUUGAUCUAUCAACGACAUUCAUAAGUGAGGAAUAUCAGUCUCUGGAGAAACCAUAUUCAAUUGCAAUCACUUCAUAUGCAUUGGCCAGAGCCGGGAAGCUGAAGGACGCAAAGAAACUGAUAUCUGCAUCUACAGAUAAAACUCACUGGGAAGAGUCGGGCUCCCACCACCUGUCCCUGGAGGCCACAUCUUAUGCUCUCCUCGCACUUCUGAAGUUAAAGCAGUAUGAAGAGGCUGCACCAUUAGUCCGAUGGCUAACGGAGAAGAAAUUCUAUGGAGGAGUGUACGGUUCAACACAACCUACUAUCAUGAUGUUCCAAGCUCUUGCUCAAUAUCAGAUAGAGGUCCCACUUCUAAAAGAUCUGGAAAUGGAUGUCUCUUACAAGUUACCUGGGAGAUCGCAAAGUAAAACUGUUCGCAUCAAUCUUCAGAACGCCAUGCUGGCACGCUCGGAGCAGACAACAGUCAAUGGAGACUUUGUGGUCACUGCAACAGGGAAAGGACGAGGGUCUCUGACGGUGUUGUCUAUGUAUUAUGCAAUUGAGACAGAAAAGGAGAAGAUGUGUAAUAACUUUGAUCUCUCUGUGACAAUCACAGAUGCUCCUCUUGCUAAGAGGCCAGAAGGUGCUAAAUCAACUGUCAACAUGACCAUUUGUGCCAGGUCCCACAGAAACCAAGAAGCCACCAUGUCAAUCUUUGAUAUUUCUAUGAUGACCGGCUAUACCCCAGACAUGAACCAGAUCAAAAAUCUUAAAAAGGGAGUGGACAGAAUCAUCACCAACUAUGAGAUCAAUAAUGGGGAAUUUGAUAAAGGAACAUUAAUCCUGUACACCGACAAGAUUUCUCGCACAGAGGAGGAGUGUAUGCAGUUCAAUCUCCACCAGUACUUUGAAGUUGGCCUCAUCCAGCCCGCGUCUGUCACAGUGUAUGACUAUUACUCCCCAGAAAACCGCUGCACUAAAUUCUACCACGUGGAAGACAGCAGUAAACUUCUGGGCACGAUCUGCCAGGGACAGGUGUGCCGCUGUGCGCAAGAGAAUUGCUUUAUGCAGCAGCAGUUAGAUGAGGUUGAUGCGAUUGAACGACUUACCAGAGCGUGUGACGUGGCUGUGGACUAUGUCUACAAGACAAAGCUGAACGCCAUCGAGCACAGGGGCAAUUUCGACGUCUAUAAUAUGACUAUUGCUCAACUCAUUAAAGAAGGCACGGAUAUAAAUCCUCAGAAUCAGAUUCGCAGUUUUAUCAGUCAUGCCAAAUGUCAGAAAGCCUUACAGUUACAGGAAGGCCAGGAAUACCUGAUUUGGGGUGUGAGCAAGGAUCUGUGGGACACGGGCGCUGGGUAUAGUUACAUGAUCACCAAGGACACGUGGGUUGAGAUGUGGCCAAGCAGCAUGUUUUGCCAGAAGCGGGAGAAUUCUGAGUUCUGCGAGGAAAUAUUCAACUUCUCAGAAGAGUUGUUUUUGCGUGGAUGUAUCAGUUAAAUCGCCUUAUUUUUACAUUUAUAGCUAUCGAUUGUAUUGAUUAUACCUAACAAUAAACCAAGAGUCAUCUAC